GUGUGUUGGUGAACCGUUCCGUGGAAAAUCUGUAGAACUGAUGUAAGAGAAAGCACCGACAGGGGUCGGAGUAAGUGGAGUAGAACUGAGACUAUAAAAACACAGAAAGAAACUUGGAUCAGGGCUAAGUUUGGGAUAAGCUGCAGGCAGGACUCUAAAGUUAGGAGCUCUGACUUCUCACAAGAUGCUGGACUGGAGAUUGGCAAGUGCACACUUCCUCCUGGCUAUGAUCCUGAUGCUGUGGGGCUCAGGAAAGGCAUUCUCCGUGGACUUAGCAUCAGAGGCCUCCGAGUUUGGAGCAGAAAGCUUGCAGUCCCCACCCACAACCAGAGAAGAGAAGUCAGCCACGGAGCUUGCAGCUAAGCUCCUGCUUCUUGAUGAUCUGGUGUCCUUGGAGAAUGAUGUGUUUGAGACCAAGAAGAAGAGAAGCUUCUCUGGCUUCGGGUCUCCCCUUGACAGACUCUCGGCUGGGUCUGUAGAGCAUAGAGGGAAACAAAGGAGAGUAGUUGAUCAUUCAAAAAAGCGAUUUGGUAUUCCCAUGGAUCGAAUUGGUAGAAACCGUCUCUCCAGUUCCAGGGGCUGAUGGAUUCUCAUCAUAUGACUUACUUUCGUGAAAUGCCACCAAAGGAUAGAAGACACUUCAGUGAAGUUCUUUCCUACCCCUUUUGUCAAGGAACUGCCUUCUACAAACCUUUCCAAAACCUGAUACUCCUCAGCCCGUCAUGUCCUGGUGUUGCUAUUCAAUUGAGUUGUGCAUGGAUACCUUUGAAAGUAUUUUUCAAUGAUUCACACAUUAUAACAUGGCCCUUGAUCCUACUUUUUAAAACAGCAGUCAAAUAUAAUGUAUUUUCUUGCCAUUAAUAUUUUCACAUUUCAGUUAUCCAAUGUACUUUCUAGUAACCUAGUGUUUAAAGGUCUGAUGAUGUAAAGAAAUAAGAAAUGAACACAUAGUGAUUUAUAUUGGAUUUUUUUUUUAGUUUUUCUGAAGUUUGUCAAAUUGUUGAAAACUUCAACUCCAAGCUUAGAAAAGAGACAGUAAAUGAGUGUUUGCUUCAACUGUGACAGAAGGCUACAGUAAAGACAAAUAAAUUUUGAGAAACCUGAGCAUUUGUGUUUUUUAGUAACUAAUAACUAAACGUUAAUAUAGGGAAAGCUAGCAUAAUUGCCCCGUGUGUAAUAUUCUGACAAGCUCUGAAUUUGAAAGACUCAUUUGAAAAGAAGUUACUGCCUCUCUUGUUUAUUUUUACUAGCCUAAGUGUGAAUUGUGCAAAUGUUUCCUCACUAGCAGCUUUUUUCUUUUUUCUUUUUUUCAGCAUUCAGUGAUUUUAAGCUAAAAUCCCAACCAAAUAGUGCUUUGUGUUUUUAAAAAGGUAUUAAAAUCAAUAUUAGCCUA